AUGAACCUCAGAGCCUCUGUCCCAACUGUACUGACCCCCCAGGUGUUUUCCGGCAGCAGCAAAAGCCCACCAGGACCACAAACAGCUCCUGAAGCCUGGUUCCUCCCAGGCUCUCCUCUGGUCCGUUCUCGGCUCUCCAUAGACUCGGACUCUGACAUGACAGAGAGUGUUGGACUCCUGCAGGAAGUGAGCAUGCCGCCCCUCAUCAUCUUCAUCAUCGGCGGUCCAGGAAGUGGGAAGGGAAGUCAGGCGUCGAGGCUUGCUAAGUGCUUCAGAUUCAGACUCUUCUCAUUGGACGAGCUGCUGAGGAGGCAGCUGCUGAGUCACGCGUCCCCCGGCAGGAAGUGGGAGGUGAUAUCGGAGAUGAUGGGCCACGGAGAGCUGGGCCUGCAGGAGGAAACCAUCUCAGAGCUGAAGCGCCAGAUGAUUGGUCAGCCCGACUUCAGAGGGUUCAUCGUGGACGGAUUCCCCAGAGACGUCCACCAGGCCCUCAGCUUCCAGGAGAAGAUUGGCUCUCCUGACCUGGUGCUGCUGCUGCUCUGCUCCAAUCAGACGCUGCGCUGCCGUCUGCAGCAACGAGCCACGCAGCUCGGCCUUCUGGGAGAUAACAGCACCGCCCUGAGGAGGCGCCUGGACUCCUUCCACAGAGACAUCACCUCCGUCAGCAGAUACUACAACCAGCUGCAUCUGCUGACACAG